AUGAUGCAUGAAUAUGUACCGGAAUUACAGGGUGCACCUUCGAAAAUGAUGUUUUAUAAGAAGUUCGAAGAGGGUGACAACAGUUGUGAGCAUGGCGGCUCCACAGAUGGUAUAAUGCGUACACUAAAAGAAAAGCUAAGGCAGCAUACUACUAUUGGAACGCACUUUGACAAGAUUGCAGGGGCGGUGUGCUCUGCAUCCAGAAUGCCAGAAAGGAAGGGUGCUGCAUACGAUACAGACCGUUGUAAUUUUCUAUAUUACUGGGUAGGUGGGGAACUCCUGGGGAAAUUGGGUAAUGAGCAGUGGACAGCCGCGAUACAGGACAUUCCCAGUGUACUGCAGGAAUUUUUUAACGAAGGCACUUGCAAAAUUAUAGACGAACAAAAUAUUGACAGGAAUACAUUCAAUAAGAGGAAAGUGCUGUAUGAAUAUUAUCAUGAUCAGAGUGUUAUAUGGACGGAAGUACUGAGUCCGGGAUCUGCAUGUGCUAGUAAAUAUGGCAAGUACUUAGGGGACAUUAUCUCAGUAUAUAGGGAAGUGCAGCAGGAUUGUAAUAAGAAUGCUAUGGACCCAUAUUGUGUAUGGUUUACAAAGUGGUUCACGAAGAGUAAUAACCCAGAGAAAUUACGCGAGACUUGUAUUACACAGGAAGUGGAGCCUGUGGGAAUUCCUGGGGUUGGAAUGGAAAUGCCAAAGGAUCUACUUUUAAGGAGUUUGCCAUCAAGUAUAAUGUAUAAUAAUUUUCUUAGUCGUACGAAGUUCUGUAUGAGGGGUGAUUCUCAUGAAGAAGUAAGGAAUAAAGUGGAGCAGGAAUUAUUGGGAUACCCAGAUAUUAAGACCUAUGCAGAUAGAAUUGUACAGGCGUGGUGUUAUGCAUGUGGGAGCAGGGGCAACGGAGUGUUCAAGGAUGAACCCUGUCAUUUCUUCUAUUACUGGAUAGUAAAUAUAUUAUGGGGAAGUUCAGGCAUUCGUAGCUCAUUCUGGGAUGUUGUACGCAGAAUUUACGAUAAAUUGGGGGAAGUUGGGGUCAGAAGUAAGUGUGACAUUUUAUACAGGGAUAUUACCAAGGAUGAGUUCGAACGGAGGAAAAGGAUGUUCGAAUACUCCCAGGACUGUGAUGCAAUACAGAUGCAUUUAGCUGCCUAUAGUAGUUCCUGCAAUGGGGACUACGUUGAUUACCUCAAGGGUAUUUUUUCAAUUUACGAUAAUGUAUAUAGGAGUUGUGCACACAACUCUGAACAACAUUGUUCGGAAUUUAGAGCGAAGUAUGAAGAGCAUGGUCAUGAUAAAGCGUUAAAGAUGGCAUGCACUGCAAUACCUGCAGGGGAUCGUGUAGACACGCGUGCUUCCCCAUUGGGGGCAGGAGCCCCAGGAGGGAGUACCACCUCCAUUCCUGGUGCUGUUGGUGGUGGAUUAGCUUCUGUAGCAUUACCAGCUGUCGGCUUACUUUUAUAUAAAUAUACUUCCCUAUUUGAUGGAAUAAAAAAAUCCCUCUUUGGUGGCAGCAACAACAGAAGAGGAAGAAGAUCUACUGUUCGACACACUGAUCAUCAUUUUAAUGGUUUUGAUUCUUCUACAAUGGGAGACGAUUCUUCCACCCUGGGUGGUGAUGGUUCCACCACCCUCGGUGGUGGUGGAUCGUCCACCCUAGGUGGUAGCUCCACCGAUAUUUCUACCAUCUAUAAUGAUGAUGAUAGAGGACGACGACGUCGACUAUCACCACCCAAAGGAAGGGCAGGAACAAAUAAUAGAAGACAAGGGAAUAUACGUUACUAUGCGACGUAA